AUGUAUGCCUAUAAUGAAAUUGUACAGAUGUGCCUAAAUAAAAACAUUGGUGUUGUAGAUGAGUACCCAAUCCCAGGAGCUGCCCCUUCUAAAGCUCCAGCAAAUGUAAGAAGAGGGAAAGGAAAAGUGGGCAGUCUUCACAUUGUAUGGGAGCCCCUACCCCCAAAGGACCAGCAUGGGUGGGGGAUAGGAUAUAUUGUGGAGUGGAGAUUACCCCGACAGGAUGUACGCACAGAAAAUUCUUGGGAAAAGGAAUUCCUGCCUGGUAAUGUGAGCGAGUUUGUGACCACUAUUCCUGGGAGGAACCAGUACUACGUCCAGUAUGAGGUUCGAGUGACGGCCUACAACAUGUUCGGGGUGGGGAGGUCCUCCCCCAUACAGUACAUCCAAUCAGCUGAUGACAUUCCGGUGGCUGUCCCCAACAUGGUGUGGGUGGAGGCCUACAAUAGCACCGCCCUCAUGGUUCACUGGACCCCGGUCCCCAACACCAGGGACAGUAUGAAAGGCAGACUCCAGGGAUACAAGGUAAACUACUGGUUGCGGUAUGGUGAGGACGAGAACCAGGCCACUCAGGCCAGCUUCAAUGGACAAAUAGAGCAGGCCCUGGUCAUUGGUCUGCUGCCCGACACCUGGUACUAUGUCUCUGUACAGGUGUACAACGACGCAGGCAACGGACAGAAGAGUGAGAAGUACCCACAGAAAACAUUUAGAAGAGCCCCCAGGAUGUACCCCACAGAAGUGCAUGUCCACUCCUACAGCUCUGACUCGGUCAUGGUCAGUUUCCGUGGAGUCUCCACCCAAGUAGAAGAGGAACCACUCCAAGGAUACAAGAUUCGGGUUUGGGAGACGUUUGAUAACUCCAAACAAGCCUACGAUAUAGAUGUGGGUCGAGCUGUGAGUGGGAUUGUGUCUGGGAUAAAGAGGCAUUCAGUCUACAAGAUGAGGGUCCUGGGAUACAGCAGGGGAGGGGAUGGAGCCAUGAGUUCCCCACCCACACUGUUCACUCUAGGUGGCUAUAUUUUCUACGACAGUUCCAGUACUUUAGUUCUCCCAGCCAUUAGUUCCGCCACAGUUUCUUCUUCUUAUAUAAUAACCAUUGUGCUGACAAAGAUAUGUUUAUACCUUAACACAAUUUCUCUUGAAAUUUAGUGUAUUGUUAAUUUGAUAGCAAAUUCUUCAACAUGUAAUUCUAAUUUGAAUUCUAAUUCUAGAAAAAGGAGUUCAUUUGUGUUGGACUGAAAUUAACUUUAAGUGGGUUUGAUACAUUUCAGGAGUAGAAAUAAAAUGAUCUUCAAAAUGAUCCCAAAUGUCGUUCAUGCAUCUUGAUUGUUUGUCAUCUGGGUCUCAUUUGAAUAAGCGUUUUACAAAGAUAACUUAUAUCUUAAUAGUACUAGUAAUUGUCAGUACUGAAUAUAUUUUGUGAAUUUCGUGUUUAAAAGUGUUUUUUUAUGACAAUGACUAUCUCACCAUAAAGGAUUUUUACGUUCGAAUUGUAGUUAUGAUUUGUAUUUGUUUGUACAUGUUCAUUGGUGCUACUGUAUUUCCUGUUGCACUAUCUUUGAAAAUCCACGUUUUGCCAAUGCUUGAUUAUAAUACCCCCGCUCAGAAGGAGAAGGGGUUAUACUGUUUUACCCCUGUGUUUGUCUGUCUGUCUGUCUGUCUGUCUAUCUGUUUGUCUGUCCGUGUGCCUGUCUCUCUGUCCGUAACAAACAUUUCUGUCGCAUUUUUCUUAGAAACUAUUCAUUGCAGAUGCUUGAAAAUUAAACACAUUAUUUGUUUUAGCAUUCCAGAUCGUGGGACAUAUUUUUGUACCAAUCGGACGUCAACUUCCUAUGAAAUGACGACAUUGCUUAUUUUGCAUAUUAACAUCAGAGCGAGUGUAUUACUAGUGAGCAUUGGCACACAGAUCCCUGUUGAAAAUGGGUGUCAAUUGAUCUUUUGUUAUUGUGCCAGAAGUCUUUCAUGUUUUUUUCUUUAUUCCUCCUCUACGAUAUUACCAAAAGAGUUGUCUUUCAUCUUUUGAAUUUCCCUUUAACUUCUUUUCUUAGGGGAAGAGAAUCAUUCAAUUUUGUAUAUAUUUAUAUCUGUAUGCAUAUAUUCACUUUUGAAUAUUAAUAAACUCACUUUUUGAA